GUUGUGUAUCAUGUUGAGCUUUGAAAAGCUCAAGCUAGUUCAGGCUAGAGGGCUAGACCAUUUGAUUUAAUUUUUGAUUAGAAAUUUUUUAUUAAUAAUAAUUAUUAGAAUAAUUUCUUAUUAGUUCGUAUAGUUUUAUUUGUAUAGUUCGAUUUGUUUUAUUAAAUUCAAUUAACAGUAAAACGACUCAUCAUGGCAGUAUCAGUCACUUCGAGGGCAAAAGACCCGGUAGAAUUAAUAUUGAUGGAAAAGCUACAACUGUCUACGAAGGCUGAAAUCAAGAAAAUUAAAUCAAAGAGAUCAGAGUUCAGCAACAAAAUCGCUCAUUGCGUGAAGAAUAAGAAUAAGAAGAAACACAUUUUGCAGUUUAUCGACUACGAGAUAACCUUGCUCUUCUUGGUUAGAGCGAGGAAACAGCAAAAAGGUCUAUCAUCAUCAUCAAGCAAAUCGCAUAUAUCGCUGUCCAAAUUACAGCAUUGUGCAAUCAAGCAAUACUAAGCUAUCCCAACGAUCUUGGAAUUAGGCUUUCCUACAUCAAAUUCUGCAGACAAAUUAAGUUUGGCAAGAAGUGGCUUGGUGUGGUGCUGAAGGAGGCGACCGUGAACAUCAGCGGCAGCGUUACACUAUGGGAGCUGCGCAUGCGCAUGCACUUGGUUUGGGACGAGGUUGGUGAGGCGACCGCCAUCCUUGAUGAGGCCAACCUCGCGCUGCAGGGUGAUGCUGCGUUGCCGCUCUGGCAACAUAUGCUGCUCUAUUGGCUGGCCAACGAUCCCACCAAGCACAAAGUCAAGGUUAAUGAAUUUCUGAAGAAAGCAUCCAAUAUGGAGAAUCAACCAGCCAUCUGUAACCAUUUCAGAGUGAUUUGGUUGGGGUGGAUUGUUUUGAAGAAGGGCAUUAGUGCAGCUCGCGAUUUCUAUUUAAAAAUGGCCAAGCGAUCUCCUCCCUGCCUCCAACUGCAUCAUAAGAUGAUUGAGUACGAGAAAAUGCAGGAAGACUGCAAUGAAGCCUGUCUUCGCAUAUACUACGUCCUUGCUUGCAUUCAUUUCGGAACUGAUAAUAAAGAAAUAUGGCUAGACUAUUUCCGAUUUGAAAAGGAGUACGGAAAACCUGGACAGAUGGGAGACCUUUACAACGAUGCUUGCUCAUAUCUCAACAAGUCAUUGGUGGAGCAAUUCAAGGAGGAGUAUAAUCAACUCAAUAAAUGAACUCGUUUCUCCAAAACAGAAUUCACACAUUUCGAAAAAAACUUUAUCACAAUUAUAAUUUGAUGUUCUGUCAGUGUCGCAAGUUGAACAAGUUUGCUUCCAUUUGAGUAUCAUCCAAUAUUUUUAUUUUUCAUUUGAAAUUUUUGUCUCUUUACAUUUAUUGAGAAAAAAACUA